AUGGUGACAGUUGAGUGCAUCACAACUUGUGACUCGCAAAUUGAAAUGGAGACCGGCGGACACUGGGGCGUGUCGCUCUGGCGAUGGGGCCUGUGCAUGACCAUGGCGUCGCUGUCUCUGUGGAAAAUACUGGAGCUGGCAGUGAAUGGUGAUGCGUCUUGGGACCGUGUUUUCGGCAAAAAGUCCAAGAAGGAGAAGUAUCUGGCCGGAUUCCCCGGGUUAGUGGGCAACACACCGCUUAUUGAGCUCACCAGUCUGUCCAAGGCCACGGGGUGCAAGAUUCUGGCGAAGGCGGAAUUCUUGAAUCCAGGUGGAAGCUCAAAGGAUCGAGUAGCGAAAGGAAUCGUGGAAGAUGCCGAGCGACGAGGCCUUCUCAAGGAAGGAGGAACUAUUAUUGAGGGCACCUCAGGCAGCACGGGUAUAAGUCUGUCGCUAAUGGCUCGAGCCCGUGGAUACCGAUGCAUUAUUGUGAUGCCCGACGACCAAGCGAAGGAAAAGAGUCAAUUACUGGAGCAGUUUGGUGCUGAAGUCGUGUUAGUGAAGCCAGCGUCUAUCGUGAACGCCAAGCACUAUGUGAACGAGGCCAAGCGUUUGGCACGUAAUACAGAAGGAGGAUAUUUUACAGAUCAAUUCGAAAACACGGCCAAUUUCGAUAGCCACUACACCACCACAGGCCCCGAAAUCUGGCGCCAGACCGAUGGAACCGUGGACGCAUUCGUGAUGGCUGCAGGCACGGGAGGCACCAUCGCUGGAACGUCAGCGUACCUGAAGGAGAAGAACCCCGACGUCCAGGUAUUCCUCGCUGAUCCCCCUGGAUCCAGUCUGUAUAACAAGGUUCGAAGUAACGUCUGCUACGCUCCACAGCAAGCCGAGACCAAGGUUCGGCGACACAGAUACGACACCAUCGCAGAGGGUGUGGGAAUUGAUCGCUUGACGGAGAACUUUAUGCUGGCUAAGAUCGACGAUGCCUUCAAGGUGACAGACCAAGAGAUUGUGGAGAUGUCCCGCUUCCUGCUGCGUGAAGAAGGCAUCUUUGUGGGUAGCUCUAGUGGACUCAACUGCGUUGCGGCAGUGCGUGCCGCGCGCAAGCUCGGCCCGGGUCACACCAUCGUGACGGUCCUGUGCGACUCGGGCCAGCGCCACCUCACCAAGUUCUGGAACGAGCAGCACAUCCGCGAGGACUGGCAGCUCGAACCCACGGCCACACACCUCGAGUUCCUCGACGGCUCCACUGGGCAGCCGUAG